AUGCCUGACAUCGCCCGUCGUCGAGUCAUCUCGGCGAGUCCCUCCUCUCCUGCUUUCAAGAACUCCCCUCCAUUUGAAGAGCUAGGUUGCUUUGAUGAAGAAUCAUGCCGAUACUUUCUCCGUGAAGUUGGCCGGCGGGUCGUCCCGUUCUACCCCUUCACUUUUGGGAUGGAAGAAGUGUAUAGCUUGAUCCUCGAGAGAUUUGGCUAUCCUGGAAUUCCGGAUGUUACGAGUGUCCUCCAAGAGCUGCUGGAAAAUGAUGAUGUCGCAGGCGGGUUUGGCGACGAUGGAGACAUCUGGCGUUCAUGGCGACACAGUUGGAGACACCGAAAUGAUGACUCUCUCAAUCCCUUCAUCCCUAAGAUAGGGAACUUCAUUCUUCAGGCACCAACCGAGCCUCAUAUUCGCCGCAUCAAGGCCCAAAACUUCAUCCGUCAAUCUGAAAGAGCUUGUUCUCAUGAUGAGGGAACAACAUCGGCUGACAGAUCUGGUAACGAGAUCCAAGAACAGUCCGCGCGACCAAGUCCUCGCCGGCACCGCCAGAUCGAAGAUGAAGAUACAUACAUCUUGCCGGCCACCACGUUCUCGCAUCAGAGAACCCGAACCAUGCUGGCGUCUGGGAAUCCGCUGGCUUUGCAUGCCUAUGGUGGACAAGAGCGACCGAGCAGCGACAGACACUCGGUUACUUCGGCAGCAUCGUCCCAGCAGGAGUUCAUUGAGGUAGAGCCAUCAAACCUGAACUCUGAUAUUGACCCUUCGCUCUUGGUCUCUUUCGAAAUGCUCACCAACGACCCGUCUUCUCCCGCAGGAUUUAGACCCAACCUCAGAGGCGGGCAAGCAGAAGUGGUCACUCUGCAACAAGUUAGGUCUGAAAGCGGACCGACUGACAAUGAACGUGCAUCUGGUGAGGCACACUUUGCUGGCGUCGAACAGCCAGCGGCCGAGGCCGAAGUUGCUGACACCAAAGUUGUGCAUGAUCAGUACGGCAACCCAGCGCAGGGCAAGGAGUUGGACUCGCCGAAACAGGAGGAAUCGAUGGAUGAUCAGUACGGCAACCCAGCGGGGGAGGAACCGGCAGAUGAUGACGAUGAUUCACUAGAGCUUGCCAGACCUUUUGCUGGAGCUCCAGCAGGCCGGGAGCCUACGCUGAGUAUGAGGACUCGGGCGAUGAAUCGAGAAUUCCGACUGAUUGAUGGAGCGAUAUUUCAUCCACGAGCACGCAAGAGAGUGUCUUCUCAGAACAACAGCUCACCCGAAGUCGCGACGAGCGUUGCUAAUACGAGGCGAGCGUCGGUUGUGCGGCGCAGUUGGACCCCGGUGCGGCAAAGAAUUGAGUCACGCUCUAGCUGGUUGAAAGACACAGCCAGCCAUGUGUUGACAUUAUUCCGGAAGAACAGCCAAGAAAAGAAGACCAAAUCUUCUUGA